AUGGGCGGCGGGACCCGUGAGGAGGACGAUUCCCGCCCGUCGAAGGCCCGUCGCGUCGACAUCACGCCGGACCCACCGUGCCAGACGAAGCACGCGCACCGAGCGGAGGGUCCCGCCGGCGUCGAGCGCUCCCGAGAUUCGGCACCUGUAGCGCCGUCGUCAAUAAUGGGCGCGACACGCGCCGCGCCCCGCUACCUGCUCCGCGUGCAGUACGACGGCACGAACUUCCACGGGUUCCAGCGGCAGGCCAACGCGCGGACCGUGCAGGGAUGCGUCGAGGACGCCCUCGACGCCUUCGCGGGAGGAGGAGGAGGAGGAGGAGGAGGAGGAGGAGGAGAUGGCGCCGACACGAUGCGUUCAUCCAUCGUGACGCACGGGUCGUCUCGGACCGACGCGGGCGUCCACGCGCUGGACAACACGAUGCACGUGGACCUACCUCCGCGCGUUUCCAGGCGCGAGCCCACGAGGGCGCUGCCCCCGCACGAGCCCCACGUCGUCGCGUCCGCGUUGAACCACUUCCUCAAGAAGCGAGGCGCGCCGGACGUGGCGGUGACGCGUUGCAUUCGGGUCGACCCCAACGCGUUUCACGCCAGGUUCAGCGCCACCGGUCGAACCUACCACUACCGCAUGCACGUGUCGCCGACGCCGCCGAGCCUGUUCGAGCGCGGCAGGGUGUGGCACGUGUGCUCGGGCGCCGGGGAUCGCGACGCCGCGGGGGGGGGCGCGGACGGGUGCCACGAAAACGCCGGUCACGACGGUCGAUGGGGUCUCGACGUCGAUGCUAUGCGGGUAGCCGCGGCGCACCUCGUCGGUACGCACGACUUCAGCACGUUCCGCGCGAGCGGGUGCCAGGCGUCGUCGCCGGUGCGCACGCUGUGGGACGUGCGCGUGGACGCGGCGCCGUCGUGGCCGCCGUUCCCGGCGAGCCCGGCGACGGACUCGACGAAGCCGGAUGAUUUCUCAAAGGUGGAGGUGACGGAGAAACCCGACGAGGCGCGUCGUCGUUCGCGGGGUAAGGAUCGAGCGAGGGCGCCCCGGGGACGCGCCGACCUCGGGGCGGCGACGACGGGAUUCGACCCGGCGACCUCCCGGCCGCUGACGUCCGGCGGCGUCGUCGUCACCGCCGUGGGUCCCAGCUUUUUGUACCACCAGGUGCGAUUGAUGGUGGCGACGCUGCGAGCCGUCGGCGCGGGGGAGAUCGAUCCGGCGUCGGUGCCGGCGCUGCUCGCGGCGCGGACGCCGAGGGCGGUGCCGGCGAUGGCCCCGGCGCACGGGCUGUACCUCGGCAGGGUGCACUACGACGGGACGAGGGAGUGGUCGUCGCUGGGAGCCGUCCCGGUCGAGGAGGGCGCGGACUGA